AUGGGUAAAAUCAACAUCCAUAGGAUUUCAUAUAUCUUUAUAUGGAUAAGUUUUAUAUGUCCUAUUUACUCAAAGCCAAUUCCAGACUUAAAUUCAAAAUAUCAAAGUUUGGCAGUCAACACGCCCAGUAUUGAAGUAGUGGGAAAUAAAUUAUUCAAUUCAGCUUCAGGUCAACAGUUCUUUAUAAAGGGGAUUGCAUAUCAAAGAACUCCUCAACCAGGUGACACUUACAAUGGUCCAUUGGAACCAUACAUGGACCCGUUGGCUGAUCCAUUAAGUUGUAUGAGAGAUAUUCAGUAUUUCAAAGCAUUAGGAGUUAAUGCAGUUAGAGUUUAUCAAAUCAAUCCAAUACUUAACCAUGAUGAGUGUAUGAAUUCUCUUUCAGAUGCUGGUAUUUAUGUGAUUGCUGAUUUAUCGGAACCUCAAAACUCAAUUAUUAGAAAUUAUCCAUCUUGGGAUACUACACUUUAUGAUAGAUAUUCAAGUGUGAUUGAUUCAUUAGUAAAGUAUCCAAAUACUUUAGCAUUUAUUGCUGGUAAUGAAGUUGCAAAUAGUUUAGAAACUUCUAAUACAGCUCCUUUUAUUAAAGCAUCUAUAAGAGAUAUGAAAUCAUAUAUUUCGAGUAAAAAUUAUAGAAAAAUUCCUGUGGGUUAUGCUUCAAAUGAUGAUGCUGGAAUUAGACAAGAUUUAUCUUAUUAUCUUACCUGUCAUAACUCACCUUCCGAUACUUCAAAUGCAGAAUUCAUUGGUUUAAAUAUUUAUGAAUGGUGUGGAUAUUCUACUUAUGCAACAUCUGGUUAUAGAGAAUUAACUUACGAAUUUAUGAAUUAUUCAGUACCAGUGGUGAUGACUGAGUAUGGUUGUAAUGCAGUUAGACCAAGACCAUUUACUGAAGUUGAAGCUAUAUAUGGUAGUACAAUGACCCAGGUUUGGUCAGGUGGUGUUGCUUAUGAAUAUUUUGAAGAAGUUAAUAAUUAUGGAGUUGUUCAAGAAAAUACUGAUGGUUCUAUUUCCCAAUUAGAAGAUUUCAGCUUUUUAGCAAACAGAUUAAAUUCAGUGAAUCCAAUUGGAGUAACAAAAGAUAGUGUUAAAAAUGAUCCAAUGACUUAUUUUGAAUGUAAACAUCCUUCACCAGCCUUUAUGGCAUCCAAAACUCUUCCACCUACUCCUGAUAAAGGUAAAUGUGCUUGUAUGCAAGAAUCGCUUACCUGUAUUGUUAAUCCAUAUGUUACUGUUAAUGAAGGAGCUUUAUUCCUGCAAGUUUGUGGUCAAGUAGAUUGUACUGAAAUAAUUAAUGAUGGAUAUACAGGAGUUUAUGGUAAAUUUUCAGAUUGUACAUCAACUCAAAAGUUGUCAUAUGUUAUUAAUAAGUAUUAUGAUAAUAAUAAUAGAAAUCCUGAAUCAUGUAAUUUUGCUGGUAAUGCCUUAUUACUCAAAAAUAGUACUGGUAAUGUGGAAAACUUAACUACUUCAGAUGGAAGAAGAUGUCAAGAUUUAAUUUAUGGAACUCUGCUCAAUAUGACAUUUGGAGGAAUAGUGGUUAAAGAACCAAUCUUUAAGAAUAAAACGCAUUUUCCUGAAAGUACCACUUUAGAAGAAGAAGAUCAACAACAUCACAAUAAUCGUAACCCCAGUGGAAGAAGAAAUUAUACCUAUGGUGGAUAUGACACACUGGCAGCUGCAACAAUUGUUGAUCAGUUAUCUCAAUUUGUAGUUGGGGUUAUGGCUUCUAUUGCAGGAGCAGUAUUAGUUCUAUAG